AUUCAUCCGUGGCGCAGUCUUGUUGUUUGUUUUAUCUUCUGGAAAAGACCGGUCAGGAGGCUGGUACUCUCGUUUAUUUCUGAAAAACUUUAACCUUCAGCUGUUUCAUAUAGAUUUCGACCUUAAUAGCUCUUAAAUAGUCUAAGUGGCCUACUCGGGACAGUUUAUAAUAAACGUUCCAGAGCUACGGGAAAGACAAGAACGCUCAACGGAGACGAUGGCAAGCAGCUGUGGACCCUUUCAUGCAGAGGCAUUGAGACGGCAGAGAGUAAUUGAUCGCAAACGUGCCGCCCUUGCCCGACUUGCUGUUCUUCAAGAGGAAGAAGAAGAAAACCGACGUCUUCAAACGAUUGCUUAUGAACAAGCAAAACAAGAAAGGCAUGCAGCUAAGAUGAGAGAACUUCAGGACCACUUAAACGACGUCAGAGACGGUGUCUCUCACAAACCGUCGGCUGGAAAUUUUAGCCGCGUGGCGUCUCAUCCCGAUUUGGUGAAUAAACACCGAGAAUAUGUUAGACCUGCAACAGUGAUGGGAAUGCCGAGGUCAGCUUACAACGACAUCAAAGGAAAAGAGAAGAUUCUCCGCAACCAUAACUUAUAUCAAGCUCAUCCUAAAGUUCUGUGGAAUCUAAGACCGAAAUCCCAUCGCUAAAUAUAACGGAAAUAUUGCUAUAAAGAGAUUAAUAUGUCUAUAUAACUGUCAUUUUUAUUGGAUAAUUAUUCGUUUGUAUGUAUGCCAUUAUUUUUUACAUUUCUAAAUACUGUAUUGUGUAACGUGAGUCCAUAUAAUUCAUCUCUCACAACUGUAAAUAUAGCCUAGAGGUGGGCAAAGUUUUUUGUGAGAAAGUACUCAAUUUUUUGGAAAGACCACAUCAUAUCUUUUUGAAAUUAAAUAUGUAAAAUAUCUCAAAUUAAAGACUUUUAAAGAAAUAUAUUGAAUGACAAAGUGAAAAUAUCAACUGACUAAAUUUAUUUGACGAAG